GUUUACAUUGGAUUUAUUUACUGCAAGCUGAAUUUUUUGAAUUUGAAUUCGAGCUCUAAAGUCAACAUGAAAAAGUUGUAUUUAUCAAUCGCCAUUUAUUACUUUCUAAACACGGCUGUGAAAAGCGCUUUACUACCUAGUGACUUAGAGAAAUGCCGUUAUGGUGACUCCUCUUGCAUUAUAAAAAGCAUCAAUGACCUAAUUCGACGUUAUCCAAAGGGCAUACCUGAGAUGGGACUACCACCAUUAGAUGCGACUCCGCUGAAUGAUAUCCCAAUACUAAAUUCAUCUUAUCGCGGUCCGAUCUGGUUAACGUUUCACAUGAGGGACACUGUAAACAAGGGCUUUAACAAUGCAACAGUAACCCAUGUUGCGGGAUUCAAUCGAGAUCCAAGAAAGGAAAAACUUGUGAUUAAAGCACGCAUUCCAAGACUUAUCCAUGAGGCGACCUACGAUAUGCAGGGUCAGAUUAUGUUGUUCAAAUCAAAUACAACCGGAAAACUGCAGUCGGAUUUUCAAAAUGUUAACGUUACGCUCACCUUUAAGAUUAUACUUGAAUAUCGCAACAACAAGCGAUAUCUCAAGAUAUAUGAACUGGUGCCAUUAGUUUCAUUAGAUCGCUGGAUUAUUUUGCUAGAUAAUCUAUAUAAGGAAAAUAUCGAUUUAACAGUUAUUUUAAAUCGUGUAUUUAAUGAACACUGGGUGGAGUUAUGGAAUGAUCUUGAACCUGGACUUAUGCAUGCCUUUUCCUUGGCAUUUUCUAGGAUACUUAAUAAGGUGUUUGAGAAUGUCGCUUAUGACGAUUUGUUUCUACCGGAUUGAGCUUGGUGCAAAUGUCUAAAAUGUUAUAAAAUUAUUUAGUAAGUAGUUUCGGAGUCAUAGAGUAUACGCUGUGUAUUAUUGAUACUAGUAAAAAUUUAUUCAAAAUGUCUUAAACACAUUUUUAUUAAAUUUUAAAAUGAAUUUAA